UGUUGACAGUUUCUCCACAUCGCCGCCCGCCAUCGUUGAAAGUUUGAAGUGCGUAGAAUCAAAUUGAUCCAAAAUUGGUGUUUUCUUUUCGUAAUAAAUAAUAAAUGAUAAUAGUUUAUAUUGUCCAUUUGAAUGGAUAACUUUCCCGAGCAAAGCGUUUCCGAACGCGACAUGCCGCCGACACCUGAUGAAAAACCGGAUGAUGCACCCGUAGAAUCGUCGACCGUAAUGGAUGUGAGCGAUAGUGAUUUGAGUGAUACAAAUCCAAAGUCAUCUUCCAAGCGGCCACUCGACGACGAUGAUGGAUACCAAGCCGCUGAAACGGAACCACAAAAGAAAUUGUGUCGGUUUUACUUCUUGGACCGAUGCACGAAAGCCGACAGUUGCUCCUUCAUGCAUUCCGAAUUCCCUUGCAAGUUUUACUACUUCGGAUACGAGUGCAAAGAUGGAAGCAAUUGUAAACUACGACACGGGGCUGCGUUAGAUGACAAUAUGAAGGAUGUUCUAUGGGACCACGUUACCACCGCACCAGCCAAUCUUCUACAGCGUUUUCCCUGCUUUCCCAAUAUACUGCUCAAGAAAAAUUUUGACGAACGUCACCACGAGUUGAUAUUGAUGGAACAGGAAGGGCUCCUGGAUGAGAAUAAACCGCCGGUUACGAAAGAUAUCUCCAGUCCCUCUUCGUCAACCUUGCUGAGUGAAGUCAUCAAAACAGCCAGCCAAGUAAAAAUGUCUGGUGGAGCGUUUUCCGAGCUGGGGGAAUUGGUGGAUGUCCUGGCACCUGAACAGAUUGCUGCCCUGGUGGGUGUUGGAGUUGAAAAGCUGGAACAGCUAUUCGGGCUUGGCGCUAGUGCUCUUCUGGAGUUGGGUUUUGAUUUUGACACGUUGAUCAAAAUUGGCAACUUCAAGGAAGAACGACGCCGCACAUCGAUUUACACUUCCGAAUGCAAUGAAGAAAAACCGGAUCCAAACGAACUGAUUGACUCCGCUCUUCUUGGUUCGGAGGACCUUGAUGGUUCACUUGCUUCGGCGAUAGGGGACCAACCGGCGCUUACCGAUCAGGAACUGCUUAGCAUCCUCAACGAGGAUUGCGCCAAUCCAUCGAGUGCAGCUGAAGAGGAUUUGUCGAUGCAAGACCGCGAGGAACCUUCUGAAAUCGGCAUUGGAGACAACAAUCUCGAAAGUAACGAAAAUUUACCAGCUUGUUCCAUUUUUCGUGUAGAAAACGACGAGUGUACCUUGAAGGCUUUCCGCAGCGACGCAGGAAGUGAGUGCCUUCAGCUCAUGUUCUACGCAUCGGUCAAGGAGAAGGAAAACGAUAGACAAUCGUUGGACUCCAUUCAAAGAACCGUAGCCCAACUCAAAAGAAUUGACUCGCUACUGUCCGAGCCGAAGGAGCAAGACGUCAGCUGGUGUAGCGCAGAGAGUGACACUUCCGGUGAUUAUCCGAAGCACGACUCUUCCGUGUCCGAUUCGGUUAACCAAUCUUUUGGCAGCGACAGUGAUAGUCAAACGUGUUUUCGGAUGCCCUUCAAAUCGAUCAUAAACCGUUACACUCCCGCGAGGGAAAUUGAUGCAUCAAAUGGCAAAUAUCCUAUCGCUCAGUAUAAGUUGAUUCCGAUUGAUAUUCCGCGGCCGAGUUUUGAUCGCAUUCGUCGUUCUUUCGUCACACAGCCCUCUAAUAGCUCGGACCCGCGCAUACAGAUUAUGUUCAACGUAGGCCCGGCGGAAGUGCGUCAAACCAAUAAUCGGUCUAAAGUAUGCCAUCGCGAUCCACGUUUGAAGAAGCCAGUAGAAACAGAUCCUGUUCCGGCUGCUUCAUAGAUGAUAGGUAAAGUACCACUGUUUCUUUUAUUUACGACGAUAUUUGUUUUAAUUUAACUAUCCAACUCGAUAUGUAAGAUUUUAAAGAACAGAACCAGAUUAAACUGAAUUCACACGUUAGGUGUCCAUACAGAG